UCUAUCCAAAUCACAUCUACUUAACCUUCAACACACGCGUGCUAUAAAUUACGUCAAACCACAGUUCUCAUCCCCCGUGCUCGGGAGAGGAAUUGCUUUUGCUGUUUGUUUCUUGGGAAAAUUGUUCUCCCUUUCUUGCUCGGAUUUACGCCAAACAUAGCCGGAUGGCUCGUACGAAGCAAACCGCUCGCAAAUCCACCGGGGGCAAGGCUCCAAGAAAGCAGCUUGCCACCAAGGCUGCUCGCAAAUCUGCCCCAACUACUGGGGGGGUGAAGAAGCCUCACAGAUACCGACCUGGAACCGUUGCUCUACGUGAAAUUCGCAAGUACCAGAAGAGUACUGAACUCCUGAUAAGGAAGCUUCCAUUUCAGAGGCUUGUUCGUGAGAUUGCUCAGGACUUUAAGACUGACCUGAGGUUCCAGAGCCAUGCAGUCCUGGCACUACAGGAGGCAGCUGAGGCGUACCUUGUGGGGUUAUUUGAAGAUACCAAUCUCUGUGCAAUUCAUGCAAAGCGUGUCACUAUCAUGCCUAAAGACAUUCAGCUCGCAAGGAGAAUUAGGGGUGAGAGGGCUUAGUUUCUCAUGGAUAUUGAUUCCCUGAUCGGCCAAGUUAAUAGUUCUUAGUGAUAGAAACUCAAGAAGCUUUAAGCAUUUCUCUUUGUUAAAAACAGAGGUUUCUUUUUUUUUUUUCCCCUGGAUGACUGGUAGAAACUACAAGUUCGAUGCAAUGGUUACCGAUUUAGAUGUA